AUUCUUCAUAUUUUGGUCCUCCUUUCUAACAAAAGAAGAAUGGCCACUACUCCUGCUUCUUCUGCUUUCUCCUUCUCCUUUACCUUCUUUCUUCUGCUUUCUUUCAAGACUGCUAAUGGCGAUGUGAUUGAGGUUCAGCAGCAGCAGCAGCUUCAUUUCCACACCGUUCAGCUCUCGUCUCUGUUCCCUUCUGAUUCCUGCGACGUUUCUCCUUCAUCUUCUGCAACCCAAGGCCUGAACAAGUUGCCAGUGUUCCACAAACAUGGGCCGUGCGCCCAGGCCCAACAACUCACCAGAUCCACCAACCACCACAAGCCCACCGCAGACGAAAUCCUCCGCCAGGACGAGUCCAGGGUCCAGACGAUCCAGUCCAGGUCCAGAAAGGCCGCGGGCGGUGACGUCAAGGUGGCGGACUCCACCACCAUCCCGGCCAAGGACGGCAGCACCGUCGGCUCCGGGAACUACAUCGUCACCGUCGGGCUCGGCACCCCGGCGAGGCAGCUCUCCCUCAUAUUCGACACCGGGAGUGACGUCACUUGGACCCAGUGCCAGCCGUGCGUGAGGUCAUGCUACCAGCAGCAGGAGAAGAUCUUCGACCCGGCUUCCUCUGCUUCGUACCGAAACGUUUCUUGCUCCGCCGCCUCCUGUUCAGCCCUCUCUUCCGCCACCGGGAACACGCCGGGUUGUUCUUCCUCGACUUGCGUGUACGGGAUCCAAUACGGCGACUCGUCAUUCUCCGUCGGGUUCUUCGGCACGGAGAAGCUCACACUGACAUCCACCGACGUCUUCGACAACUUCUUCUUCGGCUGCGGCCAGAACAACCAAGGAAACUUCGGCGGCGCCGCCGGGCUUUUGGGCUUGGGCCGUGACAAACUCUCCCUCGUCUCCCAAACGGCCCAAAAGUACAACAAGCUCUUCUCCUACUGCCUCCCUUCCUCCUCCAGCGGCACCGGAUUCCUCACCUUCGGCGGCGCCGCCACCAAAUCGGUAAAAUACACUCCGAUCUCGUCCAUCGCCGGCGGAAGUAACUUCUACGGCCUCGACAUCACCGCCAUCAGCGUCGGCGGGAGGAAGUUGUCAGUAUCCGCCACCGUGUUCUCCACUGCCGGCGCCAUCAUAGAUUCCGGCACCGUCAUCACCCGCCUCCCGCCGGCGGCUUACUCGGCGCUCCGGUCGGCGUUCCGGCAGCAGAUGUCGCGGUACCCACUCGGCCAGGUAACAACAAAGAUGAGUUGUGAAAUGGAGCCCUAGAACACUUGGGAUUUUCUCAUUCAUCGUUUUCGUUUAAAUACUCAAGGUUGACACUACAAAACAACAUGUGCACACUAAACUCGCAUUUGGAGACUAGAGAGAUAAAACCAUAACAACUCAAAUUAAAGUCUAAACUAAACAUCGACAUUAAACUAUAUAAAAUUGAUGAUAAAUUGAUAAUGAUGAUUUUCUCUAAAUCUUGUCGAUCCAAUUUGACAUUCAUGAUAGUCGAUUUGAUUCUUGACGAUAAUUUGUAAUAUUUUCUGAUACCAGGCGUUGUCGAUCCUCGACACGUGCUACGAUUUGAGCAAGUACAAGACCGUGUCGGUGCCGAAGGUCGGGUUCCUGUUCGCCGGCGGGACGGAGGUGGACAUCGAGGCGGUGGGGAUUCUGUACGCGAACUCGCCGUCGCAGGUGUGCCUGGCGUUCGCCGGAAAUGGGGACGCGAGUGAUAUUGGGAUACUGGGGAACGUGCAGCAGCAGACGCUGGAGGUGGUUUACGACGGCGCCGGCGGGAGGGUUGGGUUCGCCAGCGGCGGGUGUAGCUGAGGAAUCGAUGCGACGUCGUGUUGGGCUGGAUUGAAGUAGAAUUUGGGGAAUUGAAGAAUGUUUGUUAUUAUGGUAUAGGGAAAGCAAAUUUAAGGUAAUGGCCUAAAGGGGAAGCAAUUGGGGGAAAAGACCUCAAGCGUUACUCACCCGUUACCAUAUUCGUGGUUUUCUUGCUUUGGAAGAAAGUAUGAAUAGCAAAAGGAAAAGUGUAACACUAUGUACUAGUUGAUUUGCAAGAAAUGUGAAUAUGAAUUUAUGGCUUUGUAUCGAUCAUCAGGAGAUAAAUAUUGAUUUUGACACAUUAUUAAAUCUCUAACAAUCAAGAAAAUACGAGAUAAGCAAAAGCAUGGCGGUCAUUAGUAUUGCAUUUCGACCAUUCGAGUUACAUUUCUUAAAUAUGAUUUCUUGAUUUGGAAGAAAGAACGAAUAGCAAAAGGAAAAGUGUGCAAUAGCACUAUUUACCUAGUUGAUUUGCAUAAAUUUUUGUGUAGACAUUAGUUACUGACUUAUUAUGUUAUUAACUCGACAAUUAUUCACAUAUUAUUAUUUUUGUCCCAUAAUACUCCUUAUCGUACGUUCAAUACUAAUCUAUGCUCUACCCACUCCCUUAUGGUAAUUCAACUUCUAUUGAAUUUUGCUCGGGUCUUAUUUUGUGAUUAAAGAUCUGGCUUCAACCGCCGAAAUUUCAGACCAAUUUAU